UUCCUCGGCGGCAGGGACUGGCCGAGCAGAGAGACAAGAAGGAGCUGCGGCAGGAAAAUGGCUGACAGGUUCUCUCGAUUCAACGAAGACCGUGAUUUCCAGGGAAAUCACUUCGAUCAGUAUGAGGAGGGGCAGCUGGAACUCGAGCAGGCCUCGCUGGAUAAACCCAUAGAAUCGGAUAAUAUCGGACACCGAUUGCUCCAGAAACAUGGCUGGAAGCUGGGACAGGGACUGGGGAAAACGAUGCAGGGCAGGACAGAUCCCGUCCCGAUUAUCCUCAAGUAUGAUGUCAUGGGAAUGGGGAGAAUGGAAAUGGAGUUGGACUAUGCAGAGGAUGUGACGGAGAAGAGGCGAGCUCUGGAGGUGGAGAAGGAGGAUACAGAGGAGCUGAGACAGAAAUACAAGGACUAUGCAGAGAAGGAAAAGGCAAUCGCCAAAGCUCUGGAAGAUCUGAGAGCGAAUUUCUACUGCGAGCUGUGUGACAAGCAAUACCAAAAGCACCAGGAGUUCGACAACCACAUUAACUCGUACGACCAUGCACACAAGCAGAGACUGAAGGAACUGAAGCAACGUGAAUUUGCCCGAAAUGUUUCCUCGAAGUCACGUCGAGAUGAGAAGAAGCAGGAGAAAGCACUGCGGCGACUGCAUGAGCUGGCAGAGCAGAGGAAGCAGCAGGAUUGCGCCCCUGGGAGUGGUCCCAUGUUCAAAGCCACCACAGUGGCAGUGGAUGAGGAGAGCAGUGAAGAUGGGAGCCUGUACCCUGAUGGUACCCCAGUCCUGGCUGGAGUCAGUGAAGGGAUACCUGCAGAGGAAAAGGGAACCCCCAGCUGUGGUCAGAUUGUCAGCAUUGCUUCACCCAAACAGGCAGCCACUGCUACCAUGAGCAUUCCGCCUGUGAAAAACAACUCUUCAACACUCCAGCCCAAAGUGGGAUUCUCCUUCUCCUUUGCCAAGAAGGUCCCGGUAAAGCUGGAGACUACAGCAUCGGUUUUCAAGGAGCUGGGCGAGGAAGUGUUGACAGAUGAGUCUCAAAAGGAGGAAGAGGAGAAAACCGGGUGCGACCCCUUAGUACCCCCUAAACUGCCUGGCGGAGAGAGCCCUCUGAGCAUCCAGGCUAAGGCAGUCAGUGGGGGGGAGGAGGAACAGCAAGACUCUGAGGGGGGAGCGCUGGCUUCCACACUCUCCAAACUAAAGAUGAUGAUGAAAAGAGAGGAGGGCUCCUCUCAUCAAGAGCCCCAGUAUUACCAUUACAUCCCACCAGCACACUGCAGUGUCAAACCCAACUUUCAGUUCCUGCUGUUCAUGAGGGCUUCUGAUCAGAGCAGCUCCAGAGGGGAGAGUGAGGAAAGCACUCAGUGUCCCCAGGGCGCCAAGGAAGGGGACAACAGCAAACAGGGGGAAGGUAGACCAGGGGACAGCAAACUUAAGGAGACUAAGCAAGGAGAUGGCAAGCGAACUGAUUGCAAGCACAAAGAGGAGCAAAAUUCUCAAAAUCAGCAGAGAGCAUCUGCUGCAGAGCCAGGAUCCAGCAUGGUCAAAGUAAAAGAGAAAGUGGGCUCCCCAAAAGUCUCCACUUGUGAAAAGCAACCAGUAGAAUGUAACAAGGCUGUUGCAGAGCCAAAUGAUGGCCCCCGUCAGCCCACUGGCCCUUUCUUUCCAGUACUGAGUAAAGAUGAGAGCACAACCCUGCAGUGGCCAUCAGAGCUGCUGGAGUUUACUCGGUCUCAGCCUUCCCUCUCCUACAGCUGCAACCCUCUCUACUUUGAUUUUAAGCUCUCACGAAACAAAGAUGGCCGGGGAAAGCUAGCCACCGACAAGUCUGGCCCAGUUCGUACUGGAGAGCAGCAAGCUGCGAGCCAAAAAGCCAGGCUGGAGACUGAGAAGCCAACAGGAAAUAUUGGAGAGGGCACAGGGAACAAACCCGAGCAAACAGCUGCAGCAAGUGGAGAAGGACAGACAGAGCCAGCAGCAACAAGCCCAGCCCAAAAGAAAGACAAAACCCUGAAGGCACACAAGCAGAAAAAGAAAAAGAAGAAACACAAAAAGUCAUCCAAACGAUCAAAGCUGAAGGAGAGGGGCAGCGGGGCAGGGGAGAUCGAAGGGGCUCCUGAUGAGAAAUACAAGAAGAGGAAGAAGCAGAAACGGAAGAAAAGCAAAAGCAGGGCCUCUGAGGAGAGGGAGGACCAAGCGUUGCAGGCUGCAGAGGAGUUUUCAGAAGGAGGCAAGAGAAAGCGACCCAUCCAGGAUAAUCACCAAAGGACACCAGCUGAAGAGAGCAGUAGAGACAGCCAGGCCAAGAACUCAGAGCCGACUAGCUCUUCAGAAGAGCACAAUGAUGCCAAGAGACACAAAUCGGAACCUGCCGUUGUGGCCUCUUCCUCCUCCUCUUUGCGGAAACAAUCUUCCAGUCGGGGGAGGAGAAGCCAGAGUCGGCACGGGAGCAGCGAGGAAGACGAGAGCGAGGACGGUGACUCCUCCCGCAGGAAAUCGUCGUCCUCGCGGACACAGCGGCACCGCCGGCACUACAGCGAGGACUCUGAACGCUCACUGAGCAGGUCCUCCCGGAGAGGGGGGCGACGCCACAGCCGACGAGCCUCGUCACACAGCCGCUCCGACUCCAGCAGCUCAGGCAACUCCUCAGAGCGCAGCAGUUGCUACAGUGGACGCAGAGGCCGCAGCUCCUCGGACAGUUACAGUGACUACAGCGAGUGCUCACGGCAGCGGCGCCGUUCCAAACACUCUCCCACCUCAGACUCUGACUAUGGCUGCUCCCGGCGCAGCAGCCGUCGCUCUCACAGGCGCCAGUAUUCUUCAUCGGAGUCCAGCCGCUCACGCAGCAAUAGCAGGGACCGAGGUAGCCGCCGGAGGCGCAGCCACCACCACAGCUCCUGCAGCAGCAGCUGCAGCCGCAGCCCCAGCUGGAAACGAAGCCGAAGCAGCUAUAGCCGCAGUUCAGGCAGCCUGUCCCGGCGGUCGUCCAGCUCUCCCAAGGGGUCAUCCAGGGGAGGGACCCGGCAUCAUGAGUCCUCUUCCGAGCGGCGCCGUCGCAGGGACUUCAACCGCUCCAAAAUAUACCGUUCCCAGUCCCCUCGCUCCUCCUCCCGCACCCCAGCAAGGAGGGACGAGACCAGGACUAGCAGCAGCAGUACAUCUCUUCAGCGGACAGGGACAGCAAGAGGAGGAGCAGCUUCGAUCCACCCUGAACCAAGCAUUGUAGAAGAGAGGAACUCGCUGACCGCCAGGCAGCUGCUAGAGAAAGUGCAGGCCCGCAAGGGGUCAGAGGAUGGUCCCACAGCUUCUGGGAAAGCAGGGAUCAAACUCAAGGAUCCUCCACAGGGAUACUUUGGCCCAAAACUCCCUCCCUCACUCGGAAACAAGGCAGUUCUUCCUUUAUUCGGGAAGCUGCCCGUGGUCAAAAAGCCUCUGAUGCGCCGACCAGAUGAACUGGGAUCUGAAAGGGCAGAAGAGAUGGAAGUAAUUGAGGCAGAUGUAACUGCUGGGGACAUGGUAGUUGUGGAGCCCAUUCGAGAGUUCCCCCCUCCUCCUCCUCCACCGACCCCUCCACAGCUUGGUGAGAACGGACAAACCCCCAAUGAGGAGAUGCCCGCUGAAGCCUCUGCCUGCCUGUUUGAACCAGAGCCUGGCUUCCUAGUCCAGCCCUAUCCUUCUGAGCCCUGCCAGGAAGCUGCCAAGGGGCUGACACCUCUGGAGCCCUUUCCUCUCGAACUGCAACCUUUUCCAGGGUACACUCCCCAACUCCUGGAGGAAGAGGAGCCGGAUGCAGAAGAGGACUCCUCUUUGGCACCUUUGGAGAGCCAGCCCAUCACCUUCACCCCCGAGGAGAUGGAAAAGUAUAGUAAGCUUCAGCAGGCAGCCCAGCAGCACAUCCAGCAGCAGCUCCUCGCCAAGCAAGUGAAGAACUUCCCAGCGGCUGCCAACUUGGCACCAGCCCCAGCACUGCAGCCCAUCCACAUCCAGCAAUCUGCAGCGGCCACAGCUACCGCCACCUCCAUUACCACAGUGCAACACGCCAUCCUGCAGCACCAUGCUGCCGCUGCUGCAGCAGCCAUCGGCCUCCAUCCACACCCCCACCACCAUCACCCCCAGCAGCUGGCCCAGGUACACCACAUCCCCCAGCAUCACCUAACCCCCUUCUCCCUCUCCCCGCUGGGCCACUCUCUGAUCCCAGCCCACCACGCUGCCUUUCUGUCCAGCCACCCCAUUCACAUUAUCCCAGCCUCGGCUAUCCACCACACCCAGCUGGCACUGCACCAUGUCCCCCACGCUGCCCUCUACCCCACCCUUUUUGCCCCCCGACCCACAGCGGCCGCUGCUGCCCUGCACCUUCACCCCUUCUUGCACCCCAUCUUUUCAGGGCAGGACCUGCAGCACCCCCCCAAUCAUGGCUCCUGAGAGACGGCAUUUCUCUCCUGGCAAUAGCCCUUGCUGCCCCCCCGGCCCACCUCAAUCAAGUCCCAUUCAGUCAGAGCUCGAGACCCUCAAUCAUCCACUGAAUCACAACUCGAGGGACAAACUCCCGCCCUGUCCCUGCAGAGAACCCCCCAGCUCUAACCAGUAAGGAGAGCACAGCUCCUUAACCAAAUCAGGGUUCUUUGUAUUUAAAUAUAUUUGUGGGAGUUCAAAGCAUGAGAGUGCAUGAAAGCUUGUGUUCAUCGUAAGUGGCAUCUUAGAAGCUGCGAGGAGUGCUUGGCUUGAUUGCACUUAUUAAACUUUUGAAACAGUCAUGUAACCCAGGUGGGGAAGCCCAAGUACAAUGGUGCAGCUGGGCCUGAUUGUUUAGGGGGAAGGGGAGGGAGGGGUGGGGGGUCAUAUAAACUAAACCAACAGGGUCCCUGAGCUCCUGAACUAUUGGGAUUCUGGGCAGUGCCUAGAAUAAGGUUCUGAAAGGUAAGGAAAAGCUGUGCUGGGGUGGAGUGACUGCACAGCUAGGAAACCUGUUAAUUGCAGUUUUUUUCUUUUUUUUUUUUUCAACAACCAUAUGAAAGGAUUUUCUGUGUGUGUCGGUAAGGAGAGGCAAUCUUUUCUUUGUUAGACCCAGAUCCUUUAGUCCUCUGUAUUCGCAUGUGUGUCCACCUGAAACUGCACCCACGAUUGCCUCAUUCAUCCCUCUGCCUUGCAGUGGGGAAUCCUCAGUUAAUGGAUUAAACCAUUCUGAAUAAUUUUCAUUUGCAUUGUUUAGUGCGAAAAAUGUGUAAAGAAAAAAUAAGUAAGGAUGUGGGUGUUUUUAGAGCAGCUUGUACAUUUAUUCAGGAAUCUCUGAGAAUAAAUGAAAACUGUAUAAAUUGUAAA